AUGGAAGGUGUUCUUUACUGUAAGCCUCAUUUUGAGCAGCUCUUCAAAGAGCACGGCAACUUCAGCAAGAAUUUUCAGUCACCUUCCGCCACCGUCUUCGCUCCCUCCGACUCCGCUUUCAAGAAAUCCGGUCAGCCGUCACUCGACCUACUGCGGUACCACUUAGUUAUGCUGCCGCUGCCAAUUCAGAGCUUCCGGCGACUUCCUGCUGGUGCGAAGCUUCCGACUAUGCUCCCCGGUCAGUCUCUCACUGUCACUACAUCAACCUCCGAUAAUGCUAUCUCGCUUAACAAUAUCAAAAUCAAUGAAUUACCGAUCUACGAUGACGGAGUUCUUUUGGUUUAUGGUAUCGUUAGGUUCUUCGAUCCUAGUUUCCAGUAUCAGAGACCUAAUUCAAAUUCGAAUCUGAAUCCAUCGUGUUCAGCGGUUAAUCGCACUGUGAACUCCUCCGAUUCGUUCGAUCAAGCGAUUCAGAUGCUGAAAACUAGCGGAUACUCAGUUAUGGCGUCUUUUCUCGGAAUGUAG